CAUGGGUAUGGACUACUACAACAUUCUGAAGGUGAAUAGGAACGCUACCAAUGAAGACUUUAGGAAAGCUUAUCGAAGAUUGGCGAUGAUUUGGCAUCCCGAUAAACACCGAGAUGAUAAACAGGUUGCUGAAGUGAAGUUCAAGGAGAUCUCUGAGGCCUAUGAUGUUUUAAGUGAUCCGAAAAAGAGAGCAAUAUAUGAUGAAUAUGGAGAAGAAGGCUUGAAGGGGAAUGCACCUUCUCGUUCUCAAAGAACAACUUCAUACCGCGCCGGUUCAAGUGGUCAGAAUAUUUUUCCAUUCAAUUCUAGGACUGCAGAGGAAAUUUUUGCUGAGGCCUUUCAGAAAGAUUUUGAUUUGGCAUACAUGCCACGGCCAAAGCCCACGAGGUUUCGAGCAGAAGCUACAAACAGUCAGGGUGUCAAUGUUGAAGCUGCAAACAUGGCUCAGAAAGCACCAGCAAUUGAGAGAAAACUUGCAUGCAGUCUUGAAGAACUCUACAAAGGAUCUACAAGAAAAAUCAAGAUAUCUAGGAACGUCAUAACGUCUCAUGGAGAAUCUGUGGCUCGAUCAGAGAUGCUUGUGAUUGACGUGAAGCCUGGAUGGAAGAAGGGAACUAAGAUCACAUUCCCAAAAAUGGGAGAUGAGGAAGCCAACAUGAUUCCAGCAGAUAUAGUCUUUGAGAUUGAUGAGAAUCCACAUGCUAUGUACAAGAGGGUUGGCAAUGAUCUCGUUGUUCUCCAGAACUUAUCGCUCGCAGACGCCAUUGGAGGAACCACGUUCAAGCUCCGUACCCUUGACGAGCGUGACCUCACCAUUCAGCUCGCCAACAUAGUUAGCCCAGGCUACGAGCUUCUGAUUGCCAAUGAAGGGAUGCCGAUUGCCCGGGAGCCAGGGAGUAAGGGCCAUCUGAGGAUCAAGUUUGAUGUUAUUUUCCCUUCUACUUUGACAGAACAGCAGCGCACAGGCAUCAGGAACAUUUUAGAGUGCUGAGCUUGGGGACAUCCUAAACUA